AUGGCCUCUACACUCAGAUUCAUCUUAGUACUAGUUUCUUCAUUCGCCAUAAUUCAAAUGGCAAUGGCUGACGAGGACAUUCUUUCGGAUUUCAUUAAGCCUACUCCAAAUGCCACAAUAGAUGCAAACUACUUCACAUUCACCGGCAUGCGUGUUCUUGUUGGAGGAACACCUCCCGCAACCUUCACAGUGUUGAAGGCAAGCAUGGCGGAGUUCCCUGCUCUUUUCGGGCAGAGUGUUUCGUACGCUGUCCUUCAAUUCCCAUCUGGCACAGUUAACCCACCACACACUCAUCCUCGCUCUGCUGAGCUCCUCUUCCUUGUUGACGGUACCCUUGAAGUGGGAUUUGUUGACACAAAGAACAACCUCUUUACUCAGACUAUCCAAGCUGGUGACCUGUUUGUGUUUCCCAAGGGACUUGUGCACUACCAGUACAAUGCUGAUGCACAGAACCCGGCUCUAGCCAUUUCAGCCUUUGGAAGUGCAAAUGCUGGAACUGUAUCAAUUCCUUCCACUUUGUUCACCACCAAUAUUGAUGAUAAUGUCCUUGCUUUGUCACUCAAGACCGAUGUAGCCACCGUUCAGAAACUCAAGGCUGGACUUGCUCCGAAGCCAUGA